CGUAGACAGAGAGUAAAGGGAUCGACGGAGAGAGAUGGAGGAGCAAAGGCCUGUCUAAUUUGGGAGAAGUUUUUCAGUGCCGGGCGUGCACGGGCCACGUAGUGCCGAGCACGUAUCUCGAUCGUUCAAACGUAUUUUAGACGGUUCAGAUUUGUUUGGACUUGACAGAAUAUUUUGGUAAUUUUACAUUAAAAAUUACCUAAACAGAUCUGAACCGUCCAAAACACGUUUGAACGGCCGAGAUCGUGCCCUGCUCCAAACGACGACACCCAGCUCCCAUGCUUUAAUGCAGAAGCCAGAACCCUUCAAUACGCUCGCCGUCGUCCGAUCAUGGAGUCCCUGCUCAGCUCUUCUACUUCUUCUUCGUCCUUUCUUCGCCUUUUAUACACGCCCACAAAGUACACUCUCAGCAGACCUCAACCACUCCUACUCUCUCUCAUCGCCCAAGGGAGCAGACAGAGAGGACCCGCGGCGGUGUCGUGCGCCAUGGGCCAGUCGAAGGAGGCGAAGCUGUGGGGAGGUCGGUUCGAAGAGAGCGUGACUGACGCCGUGGAGAGGUUCACGGAGUCCAUCUCCUACGACAAGCAACUCUACAAGCAUGAUAUCAUGGGCAGCCGAGCCCACGCCUCUAUGCUUGCUCACCAGGGCUUGAUGAGCAACAGUGAUAGAGAUAGUAUUCUACAAGGUCUGGACAAGAUUGAAAAGCAAAUUGAAGCAGGCAAGUUUGUGUGGAGGACUGACAGAGAGGAUGUGCACAUGAACAUUGAAGCUGCACUUACAGAUUUGAUUGGUGAACCAGCAAAGAAACUUCAUACAGCGCGGAGUCGAAAUGAUCAAGUUUUGACUGAUUUUCGAUUGUGGUGUCGCGAUGCUAUUGAUGCAAUUCUUUCGUUUAUUAAACGCCUUCAGGUCUCACUUGUGACGUUGGCUGAGAAAAAUGAAGGCCUGAUAGUUCCUGGUUAUACACAUAUGCAGAGGGCACAACCUGUUCUACUGCAACAUCUUCUCUUAGCAUAUGUUGAGCAGCUGGAACGUGAUGCUGGUCGUUUACUAGAUUGCAGAGUUAGGCUAAAUUUCUGCCCUCUAGGUGCUUGUGCAUUGGCUGGAACUGGUCUUCCCAUUGAUAGAUUUAUGACUUCUAAAGCUUUGGGAUUCACUGCUCCCUUGAGGAACAGCAUUGAUGCAGUUUCAGAUCGGGAUUUUGUGUUGGAGUUUCUUUCUGCAAAUUCCAUCAUAGCUAUUCAUCUGUCUCGGAUUGGCGAAGAGUGGGUGAUGUGGGCAUCUGAAGAAUUUGGAUUUCUUACCCCUAGUGAUUCAGUUUCAACAGGAAGUAGUAUAAUGCCUCAGAAGAAAAAUCCAGAUCCAAUGGAACUCGUUCGUGGGAAGUCUGCAAGAGUUGUUGGAGACCUAGUUUCCCUUCUUGUGCUGUGCAAGGGACUUCCUCAUGCUUAUAAUCGUGAUUUACAGGAAGACAAGGAACCCGUAUUUGACAGUGUCAAAACUAUCAUAGGAAUGUUGGAAGUUUCAGCAGAGUUUGCGCAGAACAUUACCUUCAAUCAGGAGAGAAUAAAGAAAGCCUUGCCAGCUGGUCAUCUUGAUGCCACUACACUGGCAGAUUAUCUGGUGAAAAAGGCAAUUCCUUUCAGGACCUCUCACGACAUAGUUGGAAGGGCUGUUGGGUGUUGUGUUUCUAAAAACUGCCAGCUUCAGGAUCUCAGUCUUGAUGAGUUGAGAAGUAUAGAUCCAGUGUUUGAAAAGGAUGUUUACGAGUUUCUUGGAGUAGAAAAUUCAAUCAAGAAAUUCUGCUCAUAUGGUUCUACAGGUGCAGAAUGUGUUGCUAGUCAACUUGAGUACUGGAUUUCUGAGCUCAACAUCAACAGAGUAGCAGUGGGGCAAUAAAGGGGUUUUUACCCCUUAAUGGAGUGCUUGCUAUUAGGUGAAAAUAAGAUCCGCGAGCGAAAGUGUUGGAAUAGCAAAAGAUACCAGAGAAUAACCCCUGGAGAGAGAACUUUAAGCAUUAUCCAAAUGAUUGGCUAUGACAGAGUUCAAGACAACUAGAGCCUCGUCAUUUUUCUCUGUUUAUUGUGUGUCCUCUUUUUCUUUUUGUGUGUGCGCACAUUUGUUUGUUUCCGUUGUAGGGCCUUUUCUGAGUCUUUGGUUGAAACUAGAGUCAGUAUCUGGAAUGAAAAAUGAGCUGCUUUCAGCAUUUUGAUUCA